AUGAAGCUAUUUUCAACAAUUUUUAUAUUGCUCUUUUUUUCAGUGGUCCUGUCGAAGCAAUUCCAGAAAAACAAGUCCACAGCCAGAUUUAUACGCUACCAGAAAUGGAACACAAAAAUGUACCCGGUGUGGAAGAAUGGAGACCCGCGUUACACGAGCAGCUGGACAGGUGGAGAGCUGAAAUUUGAUGUCCGUAAUGAUGCCCCAACUCUCACUGGUGCUAAUGUCACCUUCACUAUUGACAUAAUCCUCCCAGACAACCAGCUGGUCCUACCAAAUGAGGAGGUUGUUUGGAGAAAAAACUGCUUUGUAAAUGGUAUCCAACGUCAUGAAGGUGAGCCUGUCUACCCUCAGGAAUCCAUUGAUAAGCAGGAUGCCGUUUUUCCCGAUGGAUCUCUGCUUCACAAGCAUGGAGCCCAAAAAUCACCUUAUGUGUUUGUGUGGAAAACCUGUGGAAAAUACUGGCAGGUGAGCGAUGGUCUAUCUUCCUCUCUGACCAUCAGCACUGAAGGCAUCCACUUGGGCUCCUAUGUAAUGGAUGUGGUUAUUUAUCACCACAGAAAAAGAGACAAAUUCAUCCCAAUUGGCUAUGCUUCCACACAGUUUUGUGUCACUGACCAGAUCCCAUUUGCUGUCACUCUCACACAAGUUAAUGAUGAAGAUGAAAGAGACCAGACAUUUAUCCAAAACCGUGCCAUUGCCUUCUCCAUUGCCAUCCAUGACCCCAGUUCUUACUUGGUCAACUCUGAUAUAACCUUUAACUGGGAUUUUGGAGAUGGGAGUGGCACAGUGAUUUCAAGAGAACUCACACUCACCCACACCUACACCAAGACUGGCUUCUUUAAACCCCAUGUUGUCGUCCAGGCUUCCAUUCCAAAUCCGUCCUGUCGUACUCCUCCAAAUACAACUCCAGUUACUAACCCCACCGCUGAUGCCUUUGUCUCUGAGAAGCGUGCAGGGCCUGUUCAGCUUAUCUCGACUGAAAGCGCAUCUAAGGACAUGGAACAAUCCGGUUCAUUCAGUGAUGACCUAAAAACAGCUCCCCAUCUGGUCACUGAUGGAGUAACGGAUUUGAAGACUACUUACCAAGAUACUACUGUAUUCAAAAAUCCCCAGCCACCAAAUUUUGAGCAGGACUGUGUGGUCUACCGCUACGGCUCCUUCUCCACACGGAUCACAGUUGUUGAGAGCGUUGAGGACAUGCAGAUGGUCCAGGCUGUCAGUGCUUUUCGUGAACAAAACACUGUAGAUUUCACCAUUUCCUGUCAGCAAAGUUUGUCUGCAGACAUGUGCACUGUGAUAUCCAAGUGCCUUUCUCAAAGCAAGACCAUCUGCAGUGUUAUAAGCUCUUUACCAGAGUGUCAGCUCCCUCUUCGACAUCUGUUCAAUCACUCUGGCAACUUUUGCAUUAACGUGUCAGUGACUAAUGACGUCAGCGUUUCAGUCAGUAGUACCAAGAUAAACGUUCUCACUGGUUCCAGGUUCAUCAUCAUAGGAACCCUGGCUAUGGUACUGGGUAUCAUGGCAGUUGCAUUAGCAAUAUGGAUCUUUACCUACAAGCAUCUAAAUCUCUACCAGCCUCUGUCUGAGAUUUCUGCAGCUGGAAUUACAUAUUCAAUUCUCCUUUGUGGUUUGAUAAAGCAGAAGGCAGCACCGAAACACUCUGUUCUUCUUCACAGGGCAGCGUGAACAAGCAUUUCCAGCAACAGGGAAUAAUCUAACAGCUCUAUAGACCAAAUUAUGGCUAUAAAAACCUUUUCCUUUAUUGUUAUUUUUUUG